AAGUGAUGGGCCGAGGUGUCAGCGUUUUUCUGCCCGCUCUGGUGACACGGAGCGAGGCUGGCUGUGGUGAAUGUGCUGCUGGUUGAUUCGCUUUAUACAUUAUGGAGCCGCCCGACUUCGAAACCAUGAAUUUCACGGUGGCGCCGGAGGUGCCUGCCUACCCGGUGUGCAAAGAGUGGAAAGAGGGUGCGGAAGGAUCGGUGUUCCAUCUCGCCAACAUCUUUCUGUUCCUUGGGUUCAUGGGGGGCAGUGGCUUUUACGGACACUUCUACCUGUUCACCUUUCUCACUCUGGGCUUCUUCUGCUCCACUCUCUGGUCGUGGUCGGACUCCUGCACCACGGACUCUUUUCUGUGGAGUUUCGUGAUCUUCGCGGUGUGUCUGGUACAAGUCCUGCAUAUGUCAUACAGGCUGAGGAGCUUUUCGUUUGACAAGGACUUCCAGGAGCUGUAUAGCUGCAUGUUUAAAAGACUCGGAGUAUCAUUGUCCCAUUUUGGGAAGAUAGUGGCCUGCUGUGACGGGGAAGUGCAAACUUUAGAGAAGGACCACUGCUUCGCCGUAGAAGGAAAAACCGCUAUUGACAAGCUGUCAGUGCUGCUCGCCGGAAGAAUCCGUGUGACAGUUAAUGGAGAGUUUCUGCAUUACAUCUACCCUUUCCAGUUUCUGGAUUCACCAGAAUGGGACUCUCUGCAACCAUCGGAGGAGGGCGUAUUCCAGGUGACGCUGCGUGCUGAUAAGCCCUGCCGGUAUGUGGCAUGGAGGAGGAAAAAGCUCUACCUGCUCUUUGCUAAGCAUCGCUACAUAGCCAAGAUCUUUGCCCUGGUUGUACGCAAUGACAUAGCAGAAAAGCUGUAUUCACUCAGUGACAAGACUUUUGACAGAUACGGACACCGCUACGAUCUCCGCUUACCAUGUUACCCUCACAUGCCGGGGACUGAAAUAGAAAGGGCUGAUGACCAUCUGCAAGUGCCGGUGCAGAGCAGGGGGUCGCCAUAAACAUACACACGUGCACAUUCUUCAUCUGCUGAACCGCAGUGCAUGGAAGUCAGGCUGCAGACAUGUUUGCAGACAGGCAGACCGUAUACCUGAGCACAAAAACAAUCUGUAGUGUUGCUACUCAUAGGGCCAUAAUUUAGGGGGCAAUGAAACUUUUGAAACUUGCCUCGGAUUUUAAAUCAAACGAUCAAGAUCUGUUAGAAGUGCAGAAUUUAUCUUUAAUUCAAGGGGUUUAGCAAAAUUAUUGCAUUAUCUGACUUAUAGACAUUUUUAUACAGUUACAGCGGCGCCAAAGAGAAUGGACAGUAAAUUUAGAGAAAAUGUAGCAGAUCUAAACUCUGGAUUUGAUUCUAAGUGUUCCAAUGCAGAGAGACACAAAUGAAGGAUGACAUCAUCAGGCUGCAAAGCCAACAGAAGCCUGUCAGAGAGGAACAACUUUAAGAGUGGCAAAUCAACAAUCGUGGACAUUUUUAAGAAGGAUGCACUGGCCAGCUCAGCAGUAACUAAAGGCCUGGAUAACAACUAAAAUGAAUAAAUUCUUUCUGGGUUUUGGGGGGUUGUUGGGUGCUGGGGUCCUGAUCUCACUCAAGCCAGGAUGACCACCGUCUUGUGGGGUGGGCUACCCACUGCCUUCAGUCUUCAGUACUCUUGGUGCGUUAUUGGGACUUUUCACUCUCAUUUACAUUAAGUACAUUUGUGACGCACAUACUCAGACAAAACACACAAAACACAAGAUUGCUGGUUUGUGUGUCCAUUUUUUUCUUUUAGGUGCUGCUUGUUUUUUAUUGUUUUGUCUUACAGGUGCAGCAGUUGGAGACCCAUUGUUCUUCUAUCACAUGGCAGCAGACGGCUUAAAUUCAUAUGAUAUUGACAGAUUAGAUCAAUAUGUGUUGUCAGUGGUACAGUGAGCAAAUGUGUGGACUGAUGUUGUUCUGUGAAAAUGAUUUUACUGUGUAGAUGCCAAACACAAACUGAAUCACUUUUCUAAGUACAUCAGUCUGGAGUUCAUUUUGUCAAAAUACUUGCAGGGUCAGUAUGUUAGGAAGUCUAAUGUAUAAAUAUAUUUUUUAGCCUUAAUGCCUCUGAAAGUGAAAUUACUGUGGGUUUGUCAACCAAACGCUUCAACGAAUAUCCACACACCCAGCAAAGUCAUUCAGAUGCUGUUGCAGUCACACUGCUUAUGUUUGUAAUGAGAAUUUAAAAAGUUCAAAUAUAAGAGUAUUAAUAAAGUAUGAAUAACAGAG